GUCUGUGGUGGAAAGCUUCUUGAAUCUCACCGCCGGCUAUGACUUGCCAGGCCCGACCAGGGAAGCGCCCUGGUCCGUGCCGAAGCCGCUCGAGCGGUUCAGUCGGCGUCUGGAGAAGGCUGCGCAGCAAGCUGGAGAAGGUGCCUCCGAUCCCCGAACGAGGGCUUGGCCCGUUUCACUUCUUGGGAGACUUCACGACAGCAGGCGCGCUUCGUGGAACACUACGACCUACAGCUUGGCCUCAGGCAAACUUCGCAGGCCCGUUUCACUUCUUGGGAGACUUCACGACAGCAGGCUCCGUUUUUUCUCCGACAUGGAGCAUUGCCUUCGCGGGGCACUGAGCCCGAACCGUGGCCUCUUCGACACCUGGCCUCUUCAGGUGCGCGCAGAGGCUGUGCGAGCGCAUUGCUGCCAGGCAAAGUCUGGCACAUCUUCCUGUGCGCACAUCCUCACCCGUCUCGAGGUGCUGUCCGCGCACUUGGAGAGCAUUGCAGACAAGAGAUUUCUGAUGGAUACCCAGGCCAACC